UUGUUGACGUUCCAAAUCAUGGUAGGGGGAUGGGUUGGACCCGUGAGAUUUAGCAGAUAAUUCAUUGGAAAUCUAAUCUGAUGUUGGGAUUGUGAAGUAUGUGCGUUCAAUUCAAUGUGAAGAAUAUAGAUGUUAAUGCGCCAAUCUGAUAUGUUCAUGACGUAUUUUUGUUAUAGUAUUGAGGAUGCCAAUGCAGCUAUGCAGGAUUAUCUAUUUAGUUUGGUGUGUUAUGUAGUUAGUUUUGUGUCAAAGCUGUUGUGAUUAGGCGACCCGGCACAUGCUAUCAGUGUUGUCAGACUGCCCCACUUGGAUCGUGUUUAAAUUUUGUGGAUGUCUGCAGGAGGCCUUUAGGUGUCAAUAGUUUGAUUAUCAUUGGUUAAUGCAGUUCUACAUUGUAAGGCCUGAUUUUUUUAGGUGAUCACUGUGCUAAAAUUAGUUCCAAACGCUCUGUGCUGGGGAAUUUUUUCGGGGUGUUUCUUGUUGCUAAUCAGUCCCUUGUGUGGCAAAGGAGAGGUGCAGAGCUUGGUUCUUCCUGCUUUUGCUUCAACAGGAUACCGUUUAUACUCUCUUGCUAGUUUUAACGUGUGAUACUAGUUUGAUUAGUGUUGAAGGUUAUGGACUCGUUUGUUAAUGGUCAUGCCAGCCAGCGUUCUCCUAUUAUUAUGGAAUGAUUUUGUAUGUUUCCAGGAUCGGAGAAUGAAAGAGAUUGUUUUGAAGGCCAUGGGACAGGCCAUCAGUAAGUCUGUUGCUGUUGCAGAGAUUAUCAAGAAAAGAGUCCCUGGGUUAUAUCAGGAUACCCACAUCAGUUCUGUCAGCAUCACUGAUGUCUGGGAACCUAUAGAAGAAGGCCUUGUCCCAUUGGAGAUGACUCGGCAUGUUUCGAUGAUUUCAAUUACUUUGUCUCCCAGAGAGCUGGACAAGAACACUCCUGGCUAUCAAGCUCCAGCUUAUGUUGAACAGCCCAGGCAACAGCAGAGCUUCCAGCAAGCGCCGCCACCGCAGCGCCAACCUCGCCGACCACCAGGCCAAUACCAGCAGCUUGAUUAUGAAGACUCCUAUGCACGGGGUCGAGGCAGAGGAAGGGGCCGUGGACGUGGAAGGGGUUGGGGUCGAGGAGGCUAUGGUGGUUAUGGUGGAUAUGGAAACAACCAAGGUGGGUACAACCAAGGUAGUGGUUAUUAUGAUAAUCAUGGUGGAUAUGGUGCCUAUGAUAAUCAAGGCGGGUAUGGUGGUGGAUAUGGCUACAACCAAGGCAGAUAUGGAAACUAUCAAGAAAAUGGUGGAUAUAACCGAGGGCGGGGCGGUAUGCGUGGAAGAGGCAAUUGGGGUUACCGUGGAGGGUAUGAAGGAGGCAGGGGUGGUGGCUAUGAAGGAGGCAGGGGUGGUGGCUAUGAAGGAGGCAGGGGUGGUGGAUAUGAGCAAGGCAGGGGUGUCUAUGAAGGAGGAAGGGGUGGGUAUGAAGGAGGCAGGGGUGGCUAUGAAGGAGGUAGGGGAGGUGGUGUUCCUGGCGGAAGGGGGUAUGGUGGCCGUGGAAGGGGAAGAAUGGGUGGUCGCGGGCGAGGGAACUGAACAGAGGCGGAAAAUCCAUGGGCUUCUGGUGUUUUGUUUAAUGCAUGCCUUAUAAUAUCAGGGGAAAAGAGAAGUUAUCUGAGGAUUUGUGUUGGAAGCCAUCAGUUAUGUGUGAGGUCUCUGUUAUUUUCCCGAAGCGCAUGGUUUGGUUGUGAGCAUAAUGCGUUUUUACAAGUUAUCAUGUAUUCAUCUUUCAAUGUUUCUGCAGCCGAGGUUUGCUUGUUUUCCCAAUGGUCGUUGAAUGCUGAGCAUGCUGCCCUAUGUUCAUGUCCGUCGUAUUAUCAGAUGGAAAUUCUUCUCUUGUGUUAAAUUAUUUCAUUCUAUUUGUGCA